CCCUUUGGGGGAGGGGCAUAUGUAGACGCUGUGUGUGUGUGUGUGUGUGUGUGUGUCUGUGUUGCGCUGUUGCGCGCGCAUAUACGUAUGGUGCGGCUGCACGGUUGAUUUUUGCUUCUGUGUAUUUGCGGAUGUAUGCUGUUUGUCUCUGGCAGUUCAGUGCUGGAUUCUGCGCUCGUAGGGUAUCCAGCAGCCUGGGCCCAGGCCCGGCCACCAUGGGGCUGCCUCAGGGCCCAGCUACCCUCCCGCACACACUGCUGCUCCUGCCAACCCUUCUGAGCUCAGGUUGGGGGGAGUUGGCGCCACAAAUUGAUGGUCAGACCUGGGCUGAACGGGCACUUCGGGAGAAUGAACGCCAUGCCUUCACCUGCCGGGUGUCAGGAGGACUUGGCACUCCCCAGUUGGCCUGGUACCUGGAUGGACAGCUUCAGGAAGCCAGCACCUCAAGACUGCUGAGUGUGGGCGGGGAGGCCUUCUCUGGAGGCACUAGCACCUUUACUGUCACUGCUCAGCGGGCCCAGCAUGAGCUGAAUUGCUCCCUACAGGACCCAGGCAGUGGCCGGUCAGCCAACGCCUCUGUCAUCCUCAAUGUGCAAUUUAAACCGGAGAUUGCCCAGGUUGGAGCCAAGUACCAGGAAGCUCAAGGUCCAGGCCUCCUGGUUGUCCUCUUUGCCCUGGUACGUGCCAACCCACCAGCCAAUGUCACCUGGAUCGACCAGGAUGGGCCAAUAACUGUCAACACCUCUGACUUCCUGGUGCUGGAUGCUCAGAACUAUCCCUGGCUCACCAACCAUACUGUUCAGCUGCAACUCCGCAGCCUGGCACAUAACCUCUCAGUGGUGGCCACCAAUGAUGUGGGUGUCACCAGUGCCUCGCUUCCGGCCCCAGGACUCCUGGCCACCCGGGUGGAAGUGCCACUGCUGGGCAUCGUUGUGGCUGGAGGGCUUGCCCUGGGCACCCUAGUAGGAUUUAGCACCUUGGUGGCCUGCCUGGUCUGCAGGAAAGAGAAGAAGACCAAAGGCCCCUCCCGGCGCCCAUCUCUGAUUUCUAGCCUUUGUACAUCCUGUAGUGACUCCAACAACUUGAAACUCAACAAUGUGCGCCUGCCACGGGAGAACAUGUCCCUCCCAUCCAACCUUCAGCUCAAUGACCUCACUCCAGAUUCCAGAGGGAAACAAGCAGACCAGCCAAUUGCUCGCAACAGCAGCCGGCCAGAGCUUCUGGACCCUGAGCCUGGUGGCCUCCUCACCAGCAGAGGCUUCAUCCGCCUCCCAAUGCUGAGCUACAUCUAUCGAGUGUCCAGCGUGAGCAGUGAUGAGAUCUGGCUCUGAGCUAAGGGUCAUCCUCUGCCUGGCUAUACUGCUAGCAUGAAGAGGCCAUGCAGCUGCCACUUGCUGGGUCUCCUCUCUGGGGUCCCCUGUUGUUCAUGCACAAGAUAUGCUUCACUGGGAUAUGACCCAUGGAGCACAGGUAUCAUUGGCAAGACUGCCAGCCAGAACUAAGCCCCUGUGCCAACUCAGGUUGGGUGCCUACACGUGAUGACUGGGCCUUAGCAAGUGGCGCUCUGGCCAUGUGUGUUCAGGUAUCACCCAGCAUCCAAGCGUGGCUACAUGCCCCGUAUCAGUACCCCUUAGCACCUUGUACAGUAGGCAUGGGGGAGGCCCUGCAUGUCCUGGAUGUCCUUUCUGUGCUAUGCAGCUCUGUUCCCUCAGGAACAUCUCGUACCCUGCCUGCUGCAUAGAACCAAACUGCCCUUUGCACAGGAGCCAACCCCUGGCCCAGGGGCCCUGGCCAAGGACAAAUUAGUCCCUUUUGCUGCAUACAUCUCUGCCCUUCUCUGUUCCUUUGCCCCACCUCCUCUUGGGCAUCACAGGUUAUACACUGGACCCUCUUCAACGGGCAUUAGACUUCCCCAUUGGCCUGGCUUCCAGUGAUGUAGUGCCAGGUGUUAGCACAAGUCGGGAAGGAAGAGUGGUCCCCAGGAUAGCAAGUAUGGUGGUGCCCAGAAUAACAAGAAGCUAUGCAUCAUUUUUUACAGUGUUAGCACUUUAAGCACAUCCCCUCGGGGAGGGGGCAAGAGAGGGCCCCAAGGCCCUCUUGGCUUCCCAAAAUUUGGCCUUCCUGUUAUUCACUGUGAGUGUCCUGAGCCCUCAGGAUUGACAGUUUUCUCUCAGCGUAAACCUCCCCCACCCGUGGGAUCCCAGCUGUGACCAACCCCUGGCUGCUCCACCAGAAGGAAUUCACUGAUCCCGCCCAACCUCUGUUGUUUAGUAGAUGGUCACAGUGGGCACAGAAGAUUUAGGGGUAGACCACAUAUCCCCAAAUGUUCCAAGAAUGCUUUGAAAAGCAACAUGGAAAUAACCAGAAAUUACCAAGAUGCAGAAUAUAUUUUUCCCUUGUUACUAUCUUGUUUUGUGAUUUUUCUCAUGUUACUGCCUAGGACUGUGCUUGGCACACAGUAAAAUUCAAUAAACUUGACUGAAUGAA